UCUUCUUCUUCAGAAAACCCAAACUCGUGGGUAUUAUUCAUCACUCUAGAAGUCUGAUUUCGAAAGCUCAAAUCAGCAAACUUUCUUCAUCAAAUUUGUUUGUCUGUUCGAAUACUAUAUCAUACCCAAACAUGAGCAUCAUCAGACGGGUCUAGCUACCUCGAACCGGCUAUGACAUUUCUGUGUUCAUCCAUGCCUGGUUGUUCCUCAGUUGACAACUAUGACAUAUCCAAAAAAAAUCAGAGCAAUCCAACUACUCUAGCUAUGUCUGUGAUGACAAUACUUCCUUCAUGAAGGUUGUUCAGAAGUCUUUUCGGCAGUGGUACACCUGAAACAAGCUUUUGUUAGUUUUCAAGUGUUGUUUGAGUUGGUUAUUUCUCUUUGGCAGCUUCACCCAGGAUUUCGGACCAAUAUUAAGUCUUUGUAGGUAUUAGUGGUAUACUGAGCAUUUGGAUUGCGGAUAGUGCUAAUUUGCCGCUAACUCCAGGUGUGGAAUCGCUUGCAACAGUUUCAUUUGGUUUGAGAAUUUCCUUAGUCUCUGGCAGCUUUGUUUAAAAAGGCAACAGAAAAUGGAAGAGAUUUGUGCUUCAAUUGCAUCUCAAUUUGUAGAAGAACCAGUGGCACUAAUUCGGAGACAACUCAGCUAUCUAAUUUACCAUGAUUCCAACAUAGAAAGUCUGAAGGAUGCACUUAAAAAGCUUGAUGACAAGAAAAAUGAUGUUCAAAGAUCUGUGGAUGCUGCAAAAAGGAAUGGUGCAACCAUCAAAGAACAAGUUCAGAGUUGGCUGAAGGAUGUAAGCAAAAUAUUUCGUGAAGCGGAAGAACUUCAAACCAAACUCAACGUGCAAACGUGGUGCCCAAAUUUGAAAUCACGGUAUUCUCUGAGUAGGAAAGCCAAGAAGAUUGCCGACCGUGUUCUUAAUCUCAAACUAGACGAAGAACUGAGUAAUAAUGUUGCCAAUUCUACACCUCUGCAACAGCUAAGGUCAACAAUCUCUAGUGAAGGUUUUAAGGGUUUUGAAUCUAGAAAAUAUGUCAUGAAUAAUGCGCUUAGUGCUUUGAGGAAUGAAAAGACAAGAAUAAUUGGCAUUUGUGGGAUGGGAGGCGUGGGUAAAACCACAAUGGUAAGAGAAAUCAUCAAGAGAUUACAAGGAAUGAAUAAGCUGUUUGAUGAUGUUGUGAUAUCAACUGUCUCCGCAACUAUAAGCAUUAGGACAAUUCAAGUUGAAAUUGCAGAGUCACUUGAUAUGAAAUUGGUUGAGGAUAGUGAAUCUAUAAGAGCACAAAGACUACAUGAGAGAAUUAAGAAGAGUAAAAGAAUCCUGAUUAUAUUAGAUGAUGUAUGGUCAGAGGUUAAAUUACAGGAUGUAGGAAUCCCUUUUGGUGAUCAUGAAGGGUGCACAAUUUUGUUGACAUCUCGAAAUGAAGAAGUUUGUAAAGUAAUGGGUUGUAAAGAUGACAUUUUUGGAGUCCAAGCCUUAAAUAAAGAAGAAGCAUGGGAGCUUUUCAGGGCGACUGUAGGUGAAUCCUUGGACAAUAACCAUGAUUUGUCUCAUGUUGCAAAAUUGAUUGUUGAUGAAUGCAAAGGUUUACCCAUUGCUAUCAUAACUGUUGGGAAAGCUCUUCUACCAACUAAUGGCAAGCAUGAAUGGAAUACUGCCUUGCAAGAACUGAAAAAUUCCCUCCCUGAAAACAUCCCUGGAAUGGAACCCGAGGUUUAUUCUUGCAUAAAAUUGAGUUAUGAUAAAUUGGAUAGUGAUGAAGUCAAGUCAUGCUUUUUACUUUGUUGCUUAUUUCCAGAAGAUUAUGAUAUUCCGAUUGAGUAUUUGGUGAGGUAUGGGUCGGGUCGAGCAACUUUUAGAAACACCAGCACAAUUGAAGAUGUAAGAAACAAAGUGCAUUAUUUCAUUGGACAACUAAAAAGAAGGUAUUUGUUGCUGGAUAGUCUCAAGGAAGAGUGUAUCAAAAUGCAUGACAUGGUUCGUGAUGUUGCUAUAUCAAUUGCCUCAAAAGAUCCUCACAGAUUUAUGGUAAGAUCAUUUGAUGCUGAAGGUGGAGGUGGAGGACGGCCAGGAGUACAAAAAGUUACAAACCAAGAACAUUGCAGUGCAAUUUCGUUAAUUGAUGUUAAAUUGGAUGAAAAUAUUAUUGAUGGUUUGGAGUGCUCCAAACUUGAGCUUCUGCAACUGAAGCAUUCCUCAAGUAGUUCAGAAUAUUCCAACCACUUUAAAAGGAUGAAAGAACUCAAGGUUUUAGCUUUCUUAGAGGUGGAUAUGUCAAGCUAUUUGGCCUCGAAAAAAUCUCUAAUGCUUGGAGAACCCAAAUACCUUCAUACCUUGUGUUUAGAGGAUUGCAAUUUGGGAGACAUAUCCCAUGUUAUUGGAGGAUUGGUGAAUUUGGAGAUCCUCAGCUUUGCUCGCUCUCAAAUCAAUAAGUUGCCUAGAGAAAUAGGACUUCUUCAUCGGUUAAGGAUGCUGGAUGCAACAGAUUGUGAAGGACUUGAAGAAAUUCCUCAUGGUGUUUUAUCCAAGUUGAGGAGAUUAGAAGAGUUGUACAUGGCAGAAAGCUUUCUCAAUUGGGGGCCAGCAACUGAAACCAAGGAUGAAAUGAGUAUGGCAAGCCUUGAUGAGGUGAUGUCUCUGUUUGAUCAUUUAAAUGUCGUAGCCAUAAAAAUCCCUGAUGUUCAGAUGUUGCAAAAUGAUGAGUUUCUUUUAAAAAGCCAUCCUAUAAGAUUUCAUGUAUCUGUCAAUAUUAGUUGGUCAUACAAAAAAGAUAGUUUCAAGAAUCGAAUGCGUGGUUAUCUGUUCGAAAAUAGUUUGAUGCUUCGUGGUGAUGUAAAGGAAUAUUUGGAGAUUGGAGCAGUUACAUACUUCUUAAAGCAAUCUGAAGACCUAAGCCUACACCGCACGUACAAUUUAAAGUAUGUCAUCGAGGAGUUAGUUGAUGAAGGGGGCUUUCAACACUUGAAAGUUUUAUCAAUCAUGUAUGACAACAACAUAGAGUAUCUUAUGAAUGGAACAGAUUGGACUUGUCGUCGUCAACCUGCCUUCCCCAUCUUAAAGUCAGUUACCUUCAAGAAUGUUUACAAACUAAAAGUUGUGUGUUGUGGCAAACUGUCAGACAAGCACUCCUUUACGAACCUAAGAUCCAUUAAAAUUGACAGUUGUGAUGAGUUAAAAUAUGUCUUUUCACUAUCCGUAGCACAAAACUUGGUACAACUCCAAAGCUUAACGGUUGAAAAUUGUGAUAAAGUGGAAGAUAUCAUAUCAAAGGAGAGAAUGGAAGAUGAUAAUGCAUCUUACAUGAUAAAAUUGUCAAGAUUAACAGUUUUGCAUCUUAUUGCUCUACCAAAGCUCCGUGGUUUCUACACGGGAAACCAACGGGACUCCACCUAUGAGAUUAUAAAGCCCAAUGAUGAAAGUGUGAACAAGACGAAAGAGACUAGGAAUGACAUUCAAGUUGCUGGGUCGACCUCAUCUAGAUCGAAAGUAGCGCAAGUGGGAGCAAGUUGUAAUGCUCUAUUUCCUUCAAAUUGCAUUUCAUGGUUACCAAAUCUAGAGGAACUAGUGUUGAAACGUUUGACAAGCAAGCAAGAAUCAACGGACUCUUUGACAAGCGAGCAAGGGUCAGAGGAACUAGUAGUCAAUGUGGUAUUUGAUUUAGAAGGGCAUGAUUCAGCAUUUUCUCAAUUACAAACAUGCACAGCAUAUUCUUCAUGUGGAGUUGAACAUUUGUGGAAGAACGUUCAACCUGGAUUCCAAGGUUUUCAAAAUGUAAGAUCUUUAGAUAUUCAAGAAUGUGAGAGUCUAAAAUAUCUAUGCCCCCAUGAAAUUUACAAGCUCCUUGUGAAUCUCCAACAAGUCUAUAUAGAUUCAUGUUUGAAUAUGGAAACUAUAGUUGCAGUGGCGCGACGACUUUGUUUCCCAAACUACUGA